AUGCAUUUAUCAUAUUGGCACUCACAUCUACUAAUAUUCAUAACACUCGCAUCCACUUUCUUCAAUGUAACUCUUGCAAAGACUCGCCAGUUUAAUUUCACAGCUUCAUGGAUAACAGCCAAACCAGAUGGUAUUCAUGAAAAGAAAAUGAUUGGGUUCAACGGUAAAUGGCCACCACCAGAUAUUCAUGUAAAUAAAGGAGAUAGAAUUGAAUUGUAUUUAACCAAUGGAUUCCAAGAUAAUCAUACAGUCACCUCAUUACAUUUCCAUGGAAUGUUCCAAAACUCUACAUUUGAUGAUAAUCAAAACUUAAUGGAUGGGCCUUCUAUGGUAACUCAAUGUCCCAUCGUACCUGGUCAAACUUAUUUAUAUAAUUUCACCACAGGCGACCAGAUUGGGACAUAUUGGUAUCAUGCUCAUCACUCUGCUCAAUACGGUGAUGGUAUGAGAGCUGCUCUUAUUAUCCAUGAUGAUGAUAUACAGCAGCCUUUCCAAUAUGACAAGGAAUUUGUUAUCGGAAUAUCGGAUUUGUAUUGGAAACCUUACGAUCAAGUUACAGAUAAAUUUCUUUCAAGAUAUAACCCAACGGGCGCAGAACCAAUCCCUGAUUUAUUUCUCUUCAAUAAUACUGUAAAUGAAACUUUACAUUUUGAAACUAACAAGACUUAUUUGUUAAGAUUUAUUAAUAUGGGAUUAUUCGUUUCGCAAUAUAUUUCUCUAGAGGAUCAUCAGUUCACUAUCGUGGAAGUCGAUGGCAUGUACGUGAAACCAAAUAUUACAGACGUAUUAUAUCUCGCUGCAGCACAAAGAAUGAGCGUUCUAGUUAAGAGUAAAGAGACCGAUCCGGGCAAGAAUUUCGCUCUAAUGCAAAUAGUUGACCAAACGAUGUUAGAUGCGAUACCUCCAAAUCUUCCAUUAAAUAUGACAAAUCAAGUUGCUUACGGUGAUGAUUAUUCAAAACCACAUUCAAUAAUUCCACAGGAUUUUGAAAAAUUAGCAACAAAUGAUUUUUACUUAGAACCAUAUUAUGAUAAUCAUUAUCAAGUGUUUAAAGAUUAUGAUCAACAAAUUGUAUUAGACGUUAGAAUGAGGAAUCUUGGUGAUGGUAUUAAAUACGCAUUUUUCAAUAACAUAAGCUUUGUUGACCCGAAAAUUCCAAUCUUAACUACUAUAUUAACAUCAGGGAAAUUGGCCGAUGAUCCACGUAUAUAUGGUGAGAACGUCAAUCCAUUCUUUUUCAAGAAGAAUCAAAUUAUUGAAGUUGUUCUAAAUAAUUAUGAUACAGGUCGACAUCCUUUCCAUUUACACGGUCAUAAUUUCCAAAUAGUUCAAAAAUCAAAUGGUUUCCAUAUCGAUGAACAAUUCCCCGAAGAACUACAAGAUGAAAUGACCGUUCCUUAUAAUGAAUCCAAUCCAUUAAUGCCAAUUCCUGAAAUACCAAUGAUUAGAGACACUGUAGUAUUGGAACCUAACGGUCAUGUUGUACUUAGAUUUAAAGCGGAUAAUCCUGGUGUUUGGUAUUUCCAUUGUCAUGUAGAUUGGCAUUUACAGCAGGGGCUUGCUGCGGUUUUCAUUGAAGAUCCAUUCGCUUUACAAAGGCAAAAUUCAUUAACUGAUAAUUAUAAAGAUAUUUGUAGCGCCGCUAAUAUUGCUAAUGAGGGGAAUGCUGCUGGGAAUUAUGAGGAUUGGUUUGAUUUAGAUGGCUUACCAAGACAACCAGAUCCAUUGCCUGAAGGGUUUACAUUAAAGGGCUAUAUUGCAUUUGCAAUUAGUACAUUAUGUGGUAUAUGGGGACUCUAUACAAUCACGAAAUAUGGUAUGUUUGAAGAUAUUCCAGAUAAUGAAAGUCUGUACACUACUCUGAAAACAAUCAUUGAAGAAAAUGAAAUUUCAGUAAAAUAA